AUGUCGAAAUCAGAUAAUCAAACUAUUCAUCCAAAACUUCCCGGAUUAACAUUAUCCACGGAUGAAACAAAAAUACUUGCUGAAUGUGAAAAAGAAUCAUUGCUAUAUCGAAGUAUUCCAUUAGGAUUAAUUGGAUUAUUUGGAACACAACUUGCUAUUCAACGUAAUAUUUUAACACCAAAAUUGAAAUAUUUAAAACUCGGCUUUGGAUUACUCACCGGAUAUAUUCUUGGGAAAAUAUCGUAUGCUCCCACUUGUAAAAAUAAAAUUUUAAAAAGAAUUCCAGAUAGUGAUCUCGCACGAGCCAUUAGAGGAAUUUCUCCGAGAAAAUCAGAACAAAAUUUACCUAACGAUCCUAAUUCAACAGCAUAUCUGGCACAAAACGAUCCAAGUAAAGUUGUUAUAAUGGUACCUCAAGAUUCAGUGGAUAUUAACAGAUCUCGAACACUACUAACAGACAACGAAAGCUUAAUGAGAAAUAGAUCGACGAGUGAUGGACGUAAAGGAACAGGCCAUGUCAAUCAAUAUGGUGAUCUUGUUCAUAAUGAAAAGUUAAAAGUGCGGAUUGCAAACUGUAAACAAUAUUAUCUCAAUGAUAGUACACCAUCAACUAAUCAAUUUAUAUUUAAUGACAAGCAGAAGAUGAAGAUAAAACAACAGAUAUUUCCUAUUAAAAAGUAUCAUCGUCAGAUAAUACCAGAUAAUCUAUUAUCUAGUCAUAACGGAAAAAAAACCUCUAACAGACGUUAUCGUCAGAUACAACAUUCACUAAUGGAUUUUACUGCUAAUGCCAUUUAUAAUAAGGUUUAUCAACGUUCAUUGAAUAUAAAUGCUAGUUUAUAUAAAAUAAGUCCACAAAAGAAAGUUUGGUUUACAAUUGAGAAUGGGACGCUAUUUGGUUUACCGCUAUUCGAAGACUAUGUUGGCCCAUUUUCUAUUCUAUUUCAACCACACGAAAACUUUUUAUCAGAAUUAGAUAAGAAUAUGAUUGAAUUACAAUUAAAAUUUGAUUUUCAAUUACCAUCAACAUUAUAUUAUCCAUCAAAUCAUUUAUUAUUAGGCUUAUUUAAUAUGUCAUCAACAUUAUAUCAUUCAUCUAUUCAUAAUCGAUAUUUAGUAAUUCGUACACUAUCACAAGCACUAAAUGUUAGUGAACAAACAUUGACUAUACACAAAAUAAAUGGUUCAAUGAUAAAAGUUUAUUUUUCUUAUGAUAUAUAUUCAAUGUCAAAAACAAAUUUAACCCAAUUAUUAAAAAUAUUAAUUGAUCGAUUUUAUUCCAGACGUUUAACGUUAUUAUCAUCAUUACAAUUACCACUUAUUGAAAUAUCAAUUGUACGUACAUUUAGAUAUACCACUACCCCUUCCACUAUAACAACGAUACCAACAACAAUAGUGAAAUUUCAUUCAAUUGAUUAUUCUAAUCCAUUAUCAGUUAAAAAUAUUAAUAUUCUCUCAUCAAAAAUAAAAACAUCAACUAUGUUAAUAACCAAUAAAACAACAUCUAGAAACACUCUAUCAUUAUUAAAUAAUUUAUCAUUACCACUAACGAUAAUUCCAUUGUCUAUCACUAUAUUUGGACUAUUAGCAUGUUCUAUUAUUGGAUGUUGUCUUUGCUGUAAAAGACGUUCAUCUUCAUCUUCAACAUUGUUAUUAUCCAAUGAAAAUCAAAUUGGUCCACACAAACAACUCUAUCAUCAUUACUAUCGUCAUAAACACCAUCGUCUACAAAAUUCACAACAAGAUCAACGACAGUAUAUUAGCAAAGGUAUACCUGUUGUAUUCGCUGAAGAACUAGAUGAACGUCCUCAUGAAUCACAUACACCACUUGUUAUGCGUAUAGAAAAGCCCCCAUUAUAUGAACAAACUACUAUUACAACAACAUCAUCAUCAUCGUUACCUCCAGAAUAUACCCCGAUUUCACCGUUGACACAUUUUGUUUCUUAG